UUUGUUUUUAUGAGCUGGAAUCAUUAACUAAAAAUUGGCUUGUCAAUGAUGUCUUUUCUUGCAGAGAAAAUGCGUGAGUUAGCUUGGAGCGGUGUCCCAUCAUAUCUGCGUCCUACUGUGUGGAGGCUUCUUUUGGGAUAUGCACCCCCUAAUUCAGAUAGAAGGGAGGGAGUUUUGAGAAGAAAGCGCGUUGAGUAUCUUGAUUGUGUUGCUCAGUAUUAUGACGUUCCAGAUACUGAGCGUACAGAUGAGGAGGUAACCAUGCUUCGCCAGAUUGCUGUUGAUUGUCCUAGAACUGUACCUGAUGUCUCCUUCUUUCAGCAAGCAGAGGUUCAGAAAUCCUUGGAGCGCAUACUCUAUACAUGGGCCAUUCGACAUCCGGCAAGUGGAUAUGUUCAGGGAAUAAAUGAUCUUGCUACACCUUUUUUGGUAGUUUUCUUAUCGGAAUACUUGGAAGGGAGUGUGGAUAAUUGGUCGAUCUCAGAUUUACCUCUGGAGAAAAUCUCUAACAUCGAAGCUGAUUGCUAUUGGUGCCUGUCCAAGUUGCUUGAUGGCAUGCAGGACCACUACACGUUUGCUCAACCGGGAAUCCAGAGGCUUGUGUUUAAGCUGAAGGAAUUGGUUAGGCGGAUUGACGAACCUGUUUCGAGACACAUGGAGGAGCAAGGGCUUGAAUUCCUUCAGUUUGCUUUCCGGUGGUUCAAUUGUCUUCUAAUACGUGAGAUUCCUUUCAAUCUUGUUACCCGCUUGUGGGACACAUACCUUGCUGAAGGUGAUGCAUUGCCAGAUUUUCUUGUGUACAUAUUUGCCAGUUUUCUUUUAACGUGGUCAGAUAAGCUACAGAAGCUUGAUUUCCAAGAGAUGGUGAUGUUCCUGCAACACCUUCCGACUCAGAAUUGGACCCAUCUAGAGCUGGAGAUGGUGCUUUCUAGGGCAUAUAUGUGGCACACCAUGUUCAACAGCUCCCCCAGCCACUUAGCUAGUUGAAAGAGGAAUAGUAUUCUUCUUUAUUAUUCUGCCCUUAAAAGUUCAUAUUUUUUUGUUCUUUUAACCUCUUUUCUUUCAUUUUCUUUUUUCAAAACAAUUAAAUCAAAGUUUGUUUCUCAUCGUGUACCCUUUGAGCGAACCACCCAAUUGUUCUCAUUUGUAUUAUGGCUUGUAAUGUUUGUAUGUUUAGUGAGUUCUAAGUAUUUUCUACCUUUGACCAAAGAAAUGCAAACCUUUCAUUGUAAUAGUCUCUCAUUUUGAGUAAUGAUGGAGUUUGUUCAAAAAGUUCAUUUU